AUGGCCAUAUUCAGUCAUGAACGCCACCACUGGGCGUACGUGUGGAUACCCAUUUUUGGCUCGUUCGUUUGGGCAGGCAUGCUCGUCGCGAUGAUAUCCGUAUACUAUGCCCAAGGCAAAGGGCCUUACUUCUGGCAAGACUCGAGGAUACCAUACAUUUCCGACAUCGGCGCCUCGUUCUUGCAACCGCUCUUCAUUGCGGGGUCAUCUGUGACAUCAGCCUGCUUCGUUGCUUCGCUGGCCAUCGAGCGUCUCCUGCGGCAUCACGGUCGGUUACACGCCGACCUUCGCAGACGGGAGAAAUGGUUUAGCUACCUUGCCAUCCUUGGCGCCGUCAUCGGUGCAGUUGGCCUCAUCACCCUUGCAUGCCGUAACGACCGCGACCACAAAACGCAGCACGAUAUUUUCCUGCUGGUGUUCAUUGUCGGAGUCGCACUCAGUGCCAUCUUCACCAUCGUCGAGUUCAGGUGGAUAAGCAAGAACUACCACUGGGUCAGGAAAGUCCGGAGGGCAUAUAUGGCGAAGGCGUUCAUUGCUGGGAUCCUUAUCCUUGCUGCCAUUGCGUAUGCGAUCUGCUUCACGAUUGCCACGAACGCGGGAGCAAUCAUCGAGUGGAUCAUUGCCUUCGGGUUCACCUUCUACCUUCUCACCUUCGCGUACGACCUUCGUCUAUCGAAGGGCGUGCACAAGUUCGAGCUGUCAGGACGUGAACCCAACGCACCACCGCCGGCUAUGCGCACGGCCGAGAACAACGGUGCACUAUACGGAAAUGGCUAUGGCAACGGCGCUACCACGAACGGCUAUGGCAACAGCCCGGUGUCCGCGGGCUCAAAGUACCAUCCGCAUGCGAACAGGAGAGUGUAG